GCCGAAUCCACACCGCACACGCUCUCACGCACACGAUGCACGCCGCUCGAGCGCUCCCGACGCAGUUCGCGAACGCGAAGACUUUCGUCGCGAACGCGAACGCGACGACACCGACACGUCACGGACGACGGGCGACGAUGACGACGACGCGCGCGACGAUGGUGCCGAUCGAAGAGCUGAAGACGACGACGACGAAGGCGAUUCGAGGGAUCGGGUACAACGAAAAGGACGCCAAGGUGAUUUUGGACGUGCUCAUGUACGCGCAGUUGCGAGGGAACAACCAAGGGAUCAUCAAGGUGACGACGAACGGGCUCGCGAUGGCGCCGGACGCGGAACCGAUGGUGGUGACGCACGAAACGAAGCUUUCGGCGGCGAUCGACGGUAAGAAAACGCAAGGUAUGCUUGUUUUGGCCGAAGCGACGCGCGUGGCGCACGAAAAGGCGAAGGAACACGGGUUCGGGAUCGUGGGGACGUGCAACACGAGCACGUCCACGGGGGCGCUCGGGUAUUAUUGCAAAUCCGUCGCCGACCAAGGCAUGAUCUCCAUCUGCUUCGCGCAAUCCCCGGAAUUCGUCGCCCCGGCCGGGAGCUCGAAGGCUAUUUUCGGCACCAACCCGAUCGGCGUGGGCAUUCCCUCGUCCGAAGGCGCCAUGGUGCUCGACAUGGCCACGAGCGCGUACAGCUGGUUCGGCGUGCUCGAGGCGAAGACCGCGGGACGCGAACUCCCGGAUGGUGCGGCUCAAGACAAGAACGGCGUGUUGACCAAGGACCCGAAUGAAGUUCUCGACGGUGGUGCCAUCCGAACUUUCGAUGGUGGUUACAAGAGCAGCAACUUGGCGCUCGUCAUCGAGCUCCUCGCCGGUCCGCUCGUCGGCGCCGCCAUCGAAGGCAAGCUCGCGGCGAAGAACUGGGGUAACUUGAUCAUGGUGAUCGACCCGAAGAUGCUCGGCCAAGCUGAUUUCGAGAAGAACGCCGCGUUCGUGAUGAACCGCGUGCGCAACGCGCCCAAGCAACCGGGCGUCGAUGCCAUCAACCUUCCGGGCGAGCGCGGCGACGCCAUCGCCAAGGCGAACGAAGCAAAGGGCGAAAUUGACGUCGAGACCAACCUCUGGAACAAUUUGAAGAAGGCUGCCGAGGCGUUCUCGGGCUAAGCACGCGCGCAUUGUUGGAAUAUUAUCCUCUUCAUCA